AUGGGAUCGGCUAGCGCCUCGGCUGGCAGCUUGCAGGAGACGGGCCGUAGCAGGCCGCAGCAUGGCGCAUUCCGCGAAACGACGGUGCUGGUGUGCGGCCAUACACCAGAGCCGGAGGGCAACCGGCUCGCCGGAAUGGUCCGCGACAUGGGCGGCAGCACGCAGGCCCGCUUCCACGCCAAAGGGCUGCCGCAUGUCGUGGUUUGCGGCUGCACGCUGGACGAGGGCUACAGAGCCCUCAUGCGGGUGACGUCCCAGGUGCCGGUGGUGACCAAAUCAUGGCUGGAGGCGUGCUGGGAGCAGCAGGCGCAGGUGCCCGUGGACGGCCACCGCGCGGGCCCCUUCACCGGCCUGGUCAUAUGCACCACCAACUUCAACAUGCAGCAGCGCCAGGCGGUCGAGGCGGCGGUGGUGCAGGGUGGGGGCGUGUUUUCGCCGGAGCUGCAGAAGGGCGUCUGCACCCACCUGGUCUGCGGCAAGCCCGACGGGCCAAAGUACAACGCGGCCAAGAAGUGGGGCUGCAUACGCAUCGUCAGCCAAGAGUGGCUGAACCGCUCCCUGCAGCAGGGGUGGCCCGCAGAUGAGGCGCAGUGGCCCGCCAGAGACACUAUCCUCGCCUCGACAGGCUCAGCAGCGGCGCCCGUGAUGCCAGGCCCCGUCGUGGCGGCGGCGGUGACAAUGUGA